AUGUUCACAAAGAUCAUUCCAACAUCUUUGUUAACCAAAUCUGACUUAGAAAAAGCAAAGGAGUUCCACAGAAGACGAAACUUAUAUAACAAAUACACACUAGAACAGUUGGAGGAUUGGACAAAGAUAGACCUGUACGAGGCUUUGGAUCUUGAUUGCUACAGAGACAAGGAUAUUCCAGAAACUAUUCUGCAGUAUGCCGUUAAGAAGAAGUCUGCUACAUAUCAUCCUACAAACAAUAAGGGAAGGCAAGCAGCAUUCUUCAUUGUAAAGAGAGCUGAGGUUAUUCUGUCAAGUCCAAAAUAUAGAAAAGUGUACGAUUCUUGUUUUCUUGAUGAGUCCAUACCGGAAGAUAGAGAAUACAACCAUGAUGAGUUUUUUGACAUUUUUUCUCGAGUAUUCGAUAGAAAUGCAAUGUUCAGCGAGGCAAAGCCAGCCCCAGGUCUUAAAGAUGAUCCUGAAGUAUUUUACAAGUUCUGGCUGAAUUUUAAAACAACACGAGUCUAUGAUGAUCCAACAGAUGUGUUUGACGUUAGUGGAUCAAUGAGACGACACAAUGCCGAUAAGAAUAGAGAUAUAAUGCAGCAGAAGAAACUUAGAGAUCUGCAGAGGAUUCAAGAGCUGGUAAAAUUAGCCAUUAAAAGAGAUCCGAGAAUUAAGAAAAAGUCAAAUGGCACUUCCCCAUGGGACGAUUCGCAGCUAAAGAGUCUAAGGAGAUUUGAUAAUCUUUUUGGAAAGACAUCUAACAAAUUCGAUGUGAUUGCUAAGAAACUCAAUGAGCUGUUCCUUACUAAGCGAUCACCACAGGAAAUUAAAAGUAAACUAGAUGAAUUGAAGAGGUAG